AUGUCUUCAACCAACUAUGCGGACUAUUCUACCGGUACCGGGUUUAUAGGCUGGUACAUUGCAGCAACGCCUCAGCCAAUUGCCUGUACAUCCAAUGGUGCAUGGACUACGAGCGGCACCAUCGGUGACUGUAGCGAGUCGUCUGGAGACAGAAUAGCCACAGCGUGCUAUGCCGGGUCAAGUGUGGUGAGAGGGUCUACCACCGAGGCAUGCGGUACCGGCUCAACGUGCGACUACUACAGAAUCUUUAAUACUGUCGGCCAAGAUGGUCUGGGUGCCUUGACGAGAUACGCCUGUGUGAACAACUGGGCUGCCAAUAGUCUUUAUCGAACGCUGCCGGCGGAAUACCUGGCUACUACUACAUCGACUUCUGUUACAUCUGCUACAACGACUGCGACAACGAAAACGACAAACUCUUCGUUCUCUACUUCCGCUUCGACCUCCACCACAUCCUCCCCGACAUCUACCGGCGGCACCGGCUCAUCCGACUCCUCCAGCUCAGGUCUCGGCAGCGGCGCUAUCGCGGGAAUUGUCGUAGGCUGUGUGGCAGGUGGUGCCAUUCUUGCCUUGUUGAUCGUCUUCCGCAGGAGAAUAGUGGGUUAUUUUGGACAUCACAAGACGACUGAUUCCCACGAGCCCUGGUCUCCUGUCUACAUGCCACCGCAGACGCAGUCGGUGUUUCAGUCGAACUCGCAAUUUCAGCCGAUUUCGGAGCUUUCUGGGCAGCCAAAUAUUCACGAGAUCGGAUCUUCGCAGGUGGGGGCUGAUGCUGUUCCGGAGAUGAGAUCUUGA